GCAGCAUCCCGGCGCCCGGGCUCUGGUCGCUGCACGCCUGGGCUCCCUGUCUCCUCCCCUCUCCCACCCUCACCUCCACGCGGGGCUGCCCGGGCCGGUCAACUCGGCGCACUUUGCCCCUUAUUGGCAGCGGAUAAAAGGGGUCUGAGGAAAUACGGGACACCGUCACCCACUGCCAGCUCCAGCCUUUAAAUCCCCAGCGCGGGGAGAUCCUCGCAUCGCAGGUCGGCCCCGACGCCCAUCCGGAGUGCGAGGCGCAGAGCAGGGCUCCGAGCGCAGCGCCGGGUCUCGCCGCGCACAGGCGGGCUCCGGAACAGAAGUCCACCUUCUGAGCCGGCGCUCCCAACUCCGCUCCCCGGUCCCAGCCCUGGGAAAGUGAUCCCUGCGUCCGAGCGUCAAGAUGCCGGCCCACUUACUGCAAGAGGAGAUGUCCAGCUCCUACACCACCACCACCACCACCACCAUCAUAGCGCCUCCCUCCAGGGUCCUGCAGAAUGGAGGAGGCAAGAUGGAGAAGACUCCCCUCUACUUGGAAGAAGACAUCCGCCCUGAAAUCAAAGAUGAUAUACAUGACCCAAGCUACCAGGAUAAGGAGGGCCCAAAGCCCAAGCUUGAAUAUGUCUGGAGAAACAUCAUCCUCAUGUCUCUACUACACUUGGGAGCCCUGUAUGGGAUUGUGUUGGUUCCCACAUGCAAGUUUUACACCUGGCUCUGGGGAGUAGUCUACUAUUUUAUCAGUGCCCUGGGCAUAACAGCAGGAGCUCAUCGCCUGUGGAGCCAUCGAACUUACAAAGCUCGGCUGCCCCUGCGGGUCUUCCUGAUCAUUGCCAACACAAUGGCAUUCCAGAAUGAUGUUUUUGAAUGGGCCCGAGAUCAUCGUGCCCACCACAAGUUUUCAGAAACACAUGCUGAUCCUCAUAAUUCCCGACGUGGCUUUUUCUUCUCUCAUGUGGGCUGGCUGCUUGUGCGCAAACAUCCAGCUGUCAAAGAGAAAGGCGGUUUGCUAGACUUGUCUGACCUAAAAUCUGAGAAACUGGUGAUGUUCCAGAGGAGGUACUACAAAUCAGGUAUCCUGCUGCUCUGCUUCAUCCUGCCCACACUUGUGCCCUGGUGUCUGUGGGGUGAAACUUUUCAAAACAGCUUGUGUGUUGCCACUUUCCUGCGUUACGCCAUAGUGCUCAAUGCCACCUGGUUGGUAAACAGUGCCGCCCACCUCUACGGAUAUCGCCCUUAUGACAAGAACAUUAGCCCCCGAGAGAAUAUCCUGGUUUCACUGGGAGCUGUGGGUGAGGGCUUCCACAACUACCAUCACUCCUUUCCCUAUGACUACUCUGCCAGUGAGUACCGCUGGCACAUCAACUUCACCACAUUCUUCAUCGAUUGCAUGGCUGCCCUCGGUCUGGCUUACGACCGGAAGAGAGUAUCCAAGGCUGCCAUCUUGGCCAGGAUUAAAAGAACUGGAGAUGGAAGCUACAAGAGUGGCUGAGUUUGGGGUCCCUCAGGUUCCUUUUUCAAAAGCCAGCUGGGCAGAGUUCUAAUGUUCUGUUUAUUAACUACUGAAUAAUGCUACCAGAACGCUAAAGAUGAUGAUGUUAACCCAUUCCAGUACAGUAUUCUUUUAAAAUGCAAAAGUAUUGAAAGCCAA